AUGCUUUCGGAUCGUGAACAAAGCACAGAGAGCAAGGGUAUUAACUUUAGCGAAAAUGCCACGAUGCUCGAGGGUCCCAACCUCAUCUCUUUUGAUGACUAUAUCGAUAAGGCCUUACCUUUACAUCUCGAAAAAAUGGUCCUAGACCAUUUACAAAAGUCCAAUACCACGCAAGAUGGGCUGCAGCACAUGGAAAAUGAUAGCUUAGGCACAAUUAAUGGCGCUGCUGAUGCCAGUUGGGCCAUACACCGAACGUUAGAGCUACUUCAAGAAGCACAACCGCACCUCCGUGUUCCACCUGCCAGCUCUUUUUCCUCAUGGUCUUUUCUACAAGGCCUGAUUGUUGGUCAGAUUACUGUUGUGGUUGCUUUGAUAUUCUUCAUAAAAUUCUUCAUAUUCAGUGACUCAUCAGCUUCCAAGCCUAACAAUCCAAAGAAUCCCACUAGCCUACCAUCCGGGUCUCGACCAUUUAUUUCGUCGCAAUUAUUUUCAUCCAUUAUGAAAAGAGGUGGUAAAGAUGAGAUCGAUGGGCCAGACGAUAUUGAGGCAGAGCAGUCUCGUCAGAUCGACGCUAUUUUGGAAAAGACUUAUUAUAAUGUCGAGACACAUCCCUCGGAGUCACUUGACUGGUUUAAUGUCUUGAUCGCUCAAACUAUCCAGCAAUUUCGUGAGGAAGCUUGGCAAAAAGAUAAUAUUGUCAAUUCCCUCAACAGUUUCAUUGAAAGGAAGGCCCACGAAUUGCCAAGCUACGUGGAUGGGAUUAAAAUUACAGAAUUAGAUAUAGGCGAUGAUUUUCCAAUAUUUUCCAAUUGCAGAAUUCGGUACGCUCCAAAUUCAAAUAAGAAGAAAUUGGAGGCUAAGAUUGACAUCGAUCUAAAUGAUCGACUCGCUGUUGGGGUUGAUACAAAACUUUUACUCAACUACCCCAAGCCUGCAACUGCUGCUCUUCCAAUAAACCUAACGGUCGCCAUUGUUAGAUUCCAGGCAUGUUUGACUGUUUCUCUGACGAAAGCAGAGGAAUUCGUUCCUUCCACGGAUUCGGUCGAGCACAGUAAUAAUUCUGGUUAUUUUCUUGUAUUUUCGUUUGCACCUGAGUAUAGAAUGGAUUUCCAGAGUGAGUCGUUGAUCGGCGCAAGGUCUAAGCUGGAAAAUAUACCAAAAAUCGGCAGUCUCAUUGAAUAUCAAAUCAAGAAAUGGUUUGUCGAAAGGUGCGUCGAACCAAGGUUCCAGUUCGUUAGACUGCCCAGCAUGUGGCCCAGAAGUAAAAACACAUGGGAAGGGAAGUCUGAUGUUGACGACGCAGAUGGCACGAAAGAUGCCUAA